AUGUUUACGUCAAUCCGGCGAUCCAACAACGUGCCUUCAAAAUCUGUACGAAAUUCAGAACGUUCAAAGAAGUCAUCAAGCUCAACAUCUCAGAAGCUCUCACAGAUCCAGACUCCAAAAUCACCUCAACACCGCUCGCAGAUCCUGACUCCAAAGUCAUCUCAAAGUCAACUGGAGACCCUGACUCCGAAGUCACCUCAUCACCGCUCGCAGAUUCUGACUCCAAAGCCACCUGAACGUGAACGUCAGGCUCGGACUCCGAAAUCACCUCAUCACUGCUCGCAGAUUCUGACUCCAAAGUCACCUGAACGGCAACGUCAGACCCUGACUCCGAAGUCAUCUCAUCGCCGCUCGUACAUGGUGACUCGAAAACCACCCCAUGGUUCCAAGCCGUCACUGCCUUCCUCCAGUCAGUCUCCGUACAAUUCUUCUGGGCGUUCGCACCAUCGAUCAAAACAUCAUUCUCCUAAUGACCGACAGCUUUAUCAUCGCUCCAGAAAAUCGUCUCAUCAUCGUUGGUCACGUGACCGAUCAAGAAGUCGUUCAGAAUAUUCUCGACGUAGUGAAAGCCACCGUAAACGUUAG